GGGAAAUGGCAGCUCAUUGAGAGAAGCGGACUCCCUCUGCCUCCCUCCUCAGCGUUGGAUUCAUAAACUGCACCACAGGGAAGUUGUGCGGGCUCUGAUUUGAAAGCGCUGCUGCAGCUGUUGGUGGUGGACCUGGAGACCCUUGUCCUACGCUGGCUCUGCUCAGCCAGCUGUGUCUUGGGUCAAACAGGAUGACGGGGUGUGCCAAGCGCUGCAAACAAGGACUCGUUAAGUUUGCCUUGACUCUGCACAAACUGGUCACUGGGACUCUUAUCAAAGACAAAGCUGAUGAUGACUUGGAGAUGACCAUUGUGUGCCAUCGGCCAGAGGGCCUCGACCAGCUUGAAGCUCAAACCAACUUCAAUAAAAGAGAGCUCCAAGUGCUCUACAGGGGUUUCAAGAAUGAAUGUCCCAGUGGAGUUGUUAGCGAGGAAACCUUCAAACAAAUCUAUUCACAGUUUUUCCCACAUGGGGAUGCCAGCACCUAUGCUCACUACCUGUUCAAUGCUUUUGACACCGGACACACUGGAUCAAUUAAGUUUGAGGACUUUGUUACGGCUUUGUCCAUCCUCCUAAGAGGUACUGUCACAGAGAAACUCCAGUGGACCUUUAAUCUCUACGACAUCAACAGAGAUGGAUACAUCAACAAAGAGGAGAUGACAGACAUUGUCAGAGCAAUUUAUGACAUGAUGGGGAAGUACACAUACCCUGUCCUGAAAACUGAUGCGCCCAAGCAGCAUGUGGAUGCCUUCUUUCAGAAAAUGGACAAAAAUCGAGACGGUGUCGUCACACUUGAUGAAUUCAUCCUUUCUUGUCAAGAGGAUGAAAACAUCAUGAGGUCUCUGCAGCUCUUUGAAAAUGUCAUCUAAAUGACAAAUGUCAGGAGGGAGAUCGAGCAACAGAUGAGAACACGGAGCAAGAGAUGGGGAAAUAAGGAGAAUAAGGACAAUGAGAGAUCGACAGCAGUUUGCAGGAGUGAAAACACCAAAACCUUAGAUAGAAGCGAAACAAGGACAACUGCCACUUUGGGUUUAGAAAUGUAUCUGUGGGGACAAACCUUCACUGGUUUUGGAAAAUGUCCUUUACAUUUAUUUGGUAUUUCUGUCUCCUUCAUUUGUUGCUGUUGUGGCUUACUGUAAGCGUGGAUUGCGAUUGGUUUUGGCCACUGUGUAAAUACGCUGCCAGUCUCUUCUUUGGUCUGGUUUAUCGCUUGUUACAAACUCAAAAGCAGCUUCCAGAUGAACUGUCUUAAACGAUGAACUGUUUUCAGCAUAAUUUCACGUAACAGUGCAGCAAAACUGAACAAGUUUAUGAAGCAUGUAGGACAGAGGCCCACAUUAUACUGUAUUUAGUGCAUACUGUAUAUGCAAAGUUGGUGGCAGAAUAUUUUUUCUCAAUCCUUAU